CGUCAUGUCGCCGGUGUAUGGUUUCCGGUGUGAUGGCGACCACCGGCUACAUCUCCGCGUCAGUCUGGAGAAGAGCAGGCUGUGCAUUCAGAUUUCUGUGAAGAAAUCUCACAUGUCUACGUAUUUCUGACUAUGCUGCUCUUGGUAGCACUGGGUAUAGUUUUUUCUUUCAAUGUGGUCAUAUCCAAGGAGGCUGAGAACAACAACCAUAGACCAGCAACAGUGCAGUUCAACUACAGCAGGAUUUCCCUGCCGGCAGAGCACGUACCCUACUUCCUCAACAACAAUAAGAGGGCUGCCAAGCUAUGCCGCCUGGACCCACUUUGCCCUUUUAAAGACGCACUGCAGGAUGCAUCUGCCUGUUGGGGUUAUGAGAAGAACUGUGACCCAAAGAAGCGCUUUAGCUAUCCUGUUUGUACCAAAGCUGAUUCUGGAUGGGCACGUUCCCUGGAGGCAGCCCAGGAAGUUUUCUGGAAGCAGGCUGAUUUUGGCUAUGUGAAGGAGCGACUCUCUGAGCUCAAAAUACUCUGCAAGGCGAACAAGCCAGGGGAUUCCUCAUUGAAAUGCAGCAGCUACACACGAUUCUGUAAAGCAACUAAUCUUUAUCUGGACUUACGUAAACCUAGGAGAAGUCAUGAGAGAUACAAGGAGGACUUCAUUCAGAGGGGUGAGAUCGGUGGCCGUUGCAAACUGAACAGGCGAGCACUUGCUGCAGAGGGAGAGCACAAGAGCCCCUUGCAAUCAUGGUAUGCUGAGCUACAGACCUACACAGAGCUGGACUUUCACCCCAUGGAUGAUGGACACUGUGACAUAAUCAUUGAAAAACCCACCAUUUUCAUGAAACUGGAUGCUGGGGUGAACAUGUACCACCAUUUUUGUGACUUCGUCAACCUCUACAUCUCCCAGCACAUUAACAACUCCUUCAGCACAGAUAUCAACAUCGUCAUGUGGGACACGAGUUUGUAUGGUUAUGGUGAUCUGUUUCCUGAAACGUGGAAGGCCUUCACAGACUAUGAUAUCAUUCACUUGAAGACCUAUGACUCAAACAGAGUAUGUUUCAAACAUGCCUUUUUUUCUCUUCUCCCAAGAAUGAGAUAUGGCCUCUUUUACAACACUCCUCUCAUCUCCGACUGCCACAGUGAAGGAAUGUUUAGGGCCUUCUCCCAGCAUGUCCUCCACCGACUCAACAUCCCUCUGGACAGACCAACGGAGGGGCGCAUUCGUGUCACCCUGCUGGCACGCAGCACAGAACACAGAAGGAUAUUAAACCAAGCUGAGCUGGUAAAUGCCCUCAAGACUGUGCCUUUACUGGAGGUCAAUGUGGUAGACUACAAAUACAAAGAUGUUCCGUUCCUAGAGCAGCUGAGGAUCACCCACAACUCUGACAUCUUCAUAGGAAUGCACGGGGCAGGUCUUACACACCUCCUAUUCCUUCCUGACUGGGCUGUCAUCUUUGAGCUAUAUAAUUGUCAGGAUGAGAGCUGCUAUCGAGAUUUGGCUCGCCUGCGGGGCAUACGAUACGUGACUUGGCAGAAAAUGGACAAAGUGCUCCCGCAGGACAAGGGGCACCAUCCCACCCUAGGGGACCAUCCAAAGUUUACCAACUACUCCUUUGAUGUUGUGGAGUUCAUGCGCCUUGUGGAGGAGGCCGCCGAUUAUGUCAGGAAACAUCCCAAGUGGAAACAUCAUGUCCUUCAUGAUGAACUCUAGUGUCUGUGAGUUGGAGUUGGACAGACAGUUGCUGCUGAAAAUACAUUUAAGCACAGCACAUGCACAUCUGGUAGGUAUUUGAAUGAAAUGAAAGUGUUCUAAUGUUACCUCAUCUGCCAGUGGAUGUCCCUGGUCCUGUUUUCUGAUUAGUCUCUGGAUGAAUGGCACAGCGGAGAGUUCUGGUUUGAAGGUUCCACUCGGUUAGUGUCAUUUCAGUUAAAGGACAAGUCGUGUGUAGUCGAAGCAUCUGGAGAAUGAUAAGAUAUGUCCUAUGUUUCUUCAUUAUCUCUGCUGUGUCUGCUUCAUUCCAUGUUGGAGGUGUUAGCUAAUGAGCAGCUGUUAUAGCAUCUCUUCACAUGUGACACCUCCUCACAUUUGAUCAGUGUCACCUUGUUGCAAGCCUCUUCAGAGCUAUAAACAUUCAUACCAGUUUCUGAACACAUUCGACACACAUUUAUACAAGUCGAACAUUCAUACAGUCUCUUAACAGUUUCUUAAAUUAUGCAGUGCUAAGCACAUCCUCUGCAGUGGCACUCAUCUUUUUGCAGUUCAGCAUAUUGAAUUAAAGUGGUUUUAUCAUAAACACUCAUGACUCUAAACAGUGACAAACACAAGUGAGUCACUUUUGCCAUUAGGCAGUUUGUAAUUUAUCAGUAUUCUUUUUUGUAUGUACAAUAGUAUUUGAAACACUUUAAUUGUAAUACUGUGAACAUUCAUUCAAAUAUUUAUAAGUUAAAUUCAACACUCCUUUGUUUCACACUUAGUCUAUUGUUUUAUUGACUGAUGAUAUAAGUUCAUAAAAAUUACUAUCAGAUUUUUUU